GCACGUCGGAGCACGACUUCACCUUUGACAUUGGGAAGGCGAUCGCGUACAUCUCCAAGAUCGUGUCGCUCGCCGCGAUGGCCGGCCGGCGGCUGGAGCAGGCGGACACAGGCCUGCUCCAGCCCCGGAUCCUGCAGCGGAACGACACCGGCGAGGAGGUCAUGGAGGUCCCACUCAAAAUCGAGCACAUCGAGCAGACGCCGCCGAACACGACCGACGCGGGCGAAUGCGUGGACGCGCAGGUGGUGCCCGCGCCGCUUGUCGUGCACGGCAACUACUACGAGGCGGCGGACGAGACCUCGAGCCUCGCGCUCGUCGGCUUCUCCGUCGCCUCCUUCCUGGGCGGCCUGCUCCUCGGGGCGUGCGCGAUGGGCGCCACCGUGUACUGCACUUGGCGCGGCGUGGGCGGCACUCUCCACCGCAGCGCGUCAAUCGGGAUCCCACAGGUUGUCCCUGUGCGGUGCUCGCUCCCGCCCGGCGGCAAGGCCAGCGGACGUCGGCCUUCGCCUGACACCGCUCAACCUCCCCUCGGCGCCACGUGGUCAUCGGACAUCUGAGCGCGAGGUGCUCCAACCGCGCCGGAGACUAUGUGCGGCGCUGGCACGUGGUGGCAGGCGCGCGGAGACACUAGAGCCAGUUGCCGCCGCGUUGUAUUGUGCAGGGUUCUUUGUGGGUGUGGUCGGCGACUAGCCGGGGUCGUCCUCCCGAUGGUGCCGCGCGACCGGCGAGACACCGCCACCAGACCACCACGCGUCUCUCAGACACUCUCUUGAAGAGCGUCUUCUGUCACUUAUUGCUCCCGUUGUGUACACGCAUGGUGCAUGGGUACGUAUCCUUC